AUGGUGUGGUGCCUCAGUCUGGCCAUCCUCAGCCUGAUCAUCAGCCAGGGGGCUGACGGUCGAGGGAAGCCUGAGGUGGUGUCUGUGGUGGGCCGGGCUGGGGAGAGUGUGGUGCUGGGCUGUGACCUGCUGCCCCCGGCUGGCCGGCCCCCUCUGCAUGUCAUCGAGUGGCUGCGCUUUGGAUUCCUGCUUCCCAUCUUCAUCCAGUUCGGCCUCUACUCUCCCCGAAUUGACCCUGAUUACGUGGGACGAGUCCGUCUGCAGAAGGGGGCAUCCCUCCAGAUCGAGGGGCUCCGGGCGGAAGACCAGGGCUGGUACGAGUGCCGCGUUCUCUUCUUGGACCAGCACAGGCCUGAAGACGAUUCUGCUAACGGCUCCUGGGUGCACCUGACAGUCAAUUCGCCCCCUCAGUUCCAGGAGACGCCUCCUCCGGUGCUGGAAGUGAAGGAACUGGAGCCUGUGACCCUGCGUUGUGUGGCCCGGGGCAGCCCCCAGCCUCACGUGACCUGGAAGCUCCGAGGACAAGAGCUUGGCCAGGGCCAGGGUCACGUACAAGUGCAGAACGGGACGUUGUGGAUUCAGAGGGUGGAGCGAAGCAGCUCUGGGGUCUACACCUGCCAAGCCACCAGCACUGAGGGCAGCGCCACCCACACCACCCAGCUGCUGGUGCUAGGACCCCCUGUCAUCGUGGUGCCCCCCAAGAACAGCACCGUCAAUGUCUCCCAGGAUGUCUCCUUGGCCUGCCAGGCUGAGGCAUACCCUGCUAACCUCACCUACAGCUGGUUCCAAGACGGCAUCAAUGUCUUUCACAUUAGCCGCCUGCAGUCCCGCGUGCGGAUCCUGGUGGAUGGGAGCCUGUGGCUGCAGGCUGUGCAGCCUGAUGAUGCCGGCCGCUAUACCUGUGUGCCCAGCAAUGGCCUCCUGCAUUCACCCUCAGCCUCUGCCUACCUCACUGUGCUCUACCCAGCCCAGGUAACAGCCAUGCCUCCCGAGACACCCCUGCCCAUAGGCAUGCGGGGGGUGAUCCGGUGCCCAGUUCGUGCUGACCCUCCACUGCUGUUUGUCAGCUGGACCAAGGAUGGCCAGGCCCUGCAGCUGGACAAGUUCCCUGGCUGGUCCCAGGGCACAGAGGGCUCACUGAUCAUCGCCUUGGGAAAUGAGGAUGCCCUGGGAGAAUACUCCUGCACUCCCUAUAACAGUCUGGGCACUGCCGGGCCCUCCCCAGUGACCCGCGUGCUGCUCAAGGCUCCCCCAGCUUUUAUAGAAAGGCCCAAGGAAGAAUAUUUCCAAGAAGUAGGUCGGGAGUUACUCAUACCCUGUUCUGCCCGAGGGGACCCUCCUCCUAUUGUCUCCUGGGCCAAGGUGGGCUGGGGGCUGCGGGGCCAGGCCCAAGUGGACAGCAACAGCAGCCUCAUACUGCGACCAUUGACCAAGGAGGCCCAUGGGCGCUGGGAAUGCAGUGCCAGCAAUGCUGUAGCCCGAGUGGCCACCUCCACAAAUAUCUACGUGCUGGGCACCAGUCCCCACGUUGUCACCAAUGUGUCUGUGGUGCCUUUGCCCAAGGGUGCCAACGUCUCCUGGGAGCCUGGCUUUGAUGGUGGCUACCUGCAGAGGUUCAGUGUCUGGUACACCCCACUGGCCAAGCGUCCUGACCGAGCCCACCACGACUGGGUGUCCUUGGCUGUGCCUGUGGGGGCUGCUCACCUCCUGGUGCCGGGGCUGCAGCCCCACACCCAGUACCAGUUCAGUGUGCUGGCCCAGAACAGGCUGGGGAGUGGGCCCUUCAGCGAGAUUGUCUUGUCUGCUCCUGAAGGGCUUCCUACCACAACAGCUGCUCCCAGGCUUACCCCGACAGAGAUACCGCCUUCCCUGUCCCCUCCACGAAGUCUGGUAGCAGUGAGGACACCGCGGGGGGUACUUCUGCAUUGGGAUCCCCCAGAACUGGUCCCUAAGAGACUGGAUGGCUACAUCUUGGAAGGACGGCAAGGGUCCCAGGGCUGGGAGGUGCUGGACCGGGCCGUGUCUGGCGCAGAAACACAGUUGCUGGUGCCAGGUCUCAUCAAGGAUGUCCUCUAUGAAUUCCGCCUGGUGGCCUUAGCAGGCAGCUACGUCAGCGACCCCAGCAACACCGCCAAUGUCUCCACUUCUGGCCUGGAGGUCUACCCGUCGCGUACCCAGCUGCCCGGCCUACUGCCCCAACCUGUGCUGGCGGGCCUGGUGGGCGGGGUCUGCUUCCUGGGCGUGGCCGUCCUCGUGAGCAUCCUGGCCGCUUGCCUCAUGAACCGGCGCAGGGCUGCCCGUAGGAGACGAAAACGCCUCCGCCAAGAUCCACCUCUUCUCUUUUCUCCACCUCGGAAGUCAGCUUCACACUCUGCUCCGGGAUCCGACAGUCCCGACAGCGUGGUGAAGCUGAAGCUCCAGGGUUCCCCAGUUCCCAGCUUGCGUCAGAGUCUGCUCUGGGGGGAACCUGCUGGACCUCCCAGCCCCCAUCCAGAUCCUCCUUCUGGCCGGGGACCUUUACCCCUGGAGACCAUUUGUCGUGGCCCAGAUGGGCGCUUUGUGAUGGGACCCACUGUCGGGGCCUCCCAAGAAAGAUCAGGCUCGGAGCAGGCAGAACCUCGGACUCCAGACCCGCGUCUGGCCCGGUCCUUUCACUGCAGCAGCAGCAGCCCCAGUGGGGCACCCCAGCCCCUCUGCAUCGCAGACAUCAGCCCUGUGGUGCCCCCUCCAGCAGCCCCGCCCAGUCCCCUUCCAGGUCCAGGACCCCUGCUCCAGUACCUGAGCCUGCCUUUCUUUCGGGAGAUGAAUGUGGAUGGGGACUGGCCCCCUCUUGAGGAGCCUGGCCCUGCUGCCCCACCAGAUUACAUGGAUACCCGGCCCUGCCCCACCUCAUCUUUCCUUCGGCCCUCAGACUCACCACCUAUGUCCACCAGGGCAGCACUUCCUGGGACUGUGGUAGGGGCUGGGGCUGCCCUGGAGGUCCCUUACACAGCCCUGGCUGAUUGGACAUUGAGGGAGCGGCUGCUGCCAAGCCUGCUCCCUGCCGCCCCUCGUGGUAGCCUUACAAGCCAGAGCAGUGGGCGGGGCAGCGCCUCUUUCCUGAGGCCUCCCUCCACAGCCCCUUCUGCAGGAGGCAGCUACCUCAGCCCUGUUCCUGGAGACACCAGCAGCUGGGCCAGUGGCCCCGAGAGGUGGCCCCGAAGGGAGCAUGUGGUGACAGUAAGCAAGAGGAGGAACACAUCCGUGGAUGAGAACUAUGAAUGGGACUCAGAAUUCCCUGGGGACAUGGAACUGCUGGAGACUAUGCACCUGGGCUUGGCUGGAUCCCGGUUCCGACCUGACACUGAACCAGAGCUAGGUCCAAAGAUCCCUGAGGAGGGCUGUCCCCUGAACACUGCCCAUGCUACUGGCCCUGAGGCCCGUUGUGCUGCCCUCCGGGAGGAAUUCCUUGCCUUCCGCCGCCGCAGGGAUGCUACUAGGGCUCGGCUACCUGCCUAUCGACAGCCAGCCCCCCACUCGGAACAGGCCACUUUGCUGUGA